AUGCAAGCUAAGGAGAAGACGCUUGUCGCGACGAGGAAGAAGGCGGGCCGAGGGCGCAUGGCCAAGAUAACGAUGGAUAGCAAAACCUGGUUGGAAGUAUCGCUACAGGGCGCCUCCAGCCUAACGACGGCGACUCACUGUCCCGUGUUGUACCUCGACUCAGACGAGGACUUCAACGCGUACACCAAGCAGCUUCAGACGUGCGCGCUCGGCUCCUGA